AUGGCAUCCAAUUCCAACGCCACCAACACGCUCCUUUCCAUUUGCUAUAACCGCGGUUCUCUUCAGCUUCUCGACCAGAGGAAGCUCCCUUUAGAAAGUGUUUACUUGGAAAUUCGGGAUUCAAACGAUGGCUGGAAUGCUAUACGAGAUAUGGUGGUCCGAGGAGCACCUGCUAUUGCUAUUGCAGCAGCUCUCUCUCUGGCUGUGGAGGUAUCCAAUUUAGAUGAUUUCAAUGGAUCUACCGAUGACGCUGUAUACUUCCUGCAGAAGAAGUUGGACUAUCUUGUCUCGAGUCGGCCAACCGCGGUGAACUUAUCAGAUGCUGCGACAAAACUCAAAGAAAUCAUAUUAAAGGCUGCUGCUACAACUUCAGAGGCUAAGGGUGUUUUUCAGGCUUAUGUAGAAGCUUCCGAAAUAAUGCUUGAGGACGAUGUUGCAUCGAACAGAGCAAUUGGGACUUAUGGAGCUAAAUUUAUUCAAAACCAUACAGAGAAACAAAAGCUUUCAGUUUUGACCCAUUGCAACACUGGAAGUUUAGCCACAGCUGGAUAUGGUACUGCUCUUGGUGUAAUCCGUGCACUCAACAGUGGAGGAGUUUUAGAAAGGGCUUAUUGUACGGAAACCCGCCCAUUCAAUCAAGGAUCCAGACUUACUGCCUAUGAGUUGGUACAUGAAAAAAUACCCGCAACUCUCAUAGCAGAUUCUGCUGCAGCUGCACUAAUGCAAGCAGGACGUGUGGAUGCUGUUGUUGUUGGCGCAGAUCGUGUUGCAUCAAACGGUGACACAGCCAACAAAAUUGGAACCUAUAGUGUUGCCUUAUGUGCCAAGUUUCAUAAUGUGCCUUUUUAUGUUGCUGCACCCUUGACUUCCAUUGAUCUAUCACUUUCUUCUGGGCAACAAAUUGUUAUCGAGGAGAGAUCUCCCAAGGAGUUGUUGAACUCACGCGGAGGACUCGGAGAGCAAGUUGCUGCCUCAGGAAUAUCUGUGUGGAAUCCGGCGUUUGAUGUAACACCUGCUAAUCUAAUUUCUGGGAUCAUCACUGAGAAGGGUGUCAUUACGAAGACUACAGCCGGUGAUGCUUUUGACAUAAACGCUUUUGUACAGAAAACAGGUUAA